UUUAACGCGUAUUAAAUCACCGAGUCACCGUCAUCCCACCAAUCAUAUUAACUUUUUGACUGAAAUUAACCCAUUUUCAUUUCCGACUCAUCGUCUUCCCCCAAAUAUCUGAAAUCGAAACCCUAACCCCAGCUUUUCCCCGUAAUCUGAUUAUCUUUCGUCAAGAUGGGGAACACUGAGAAGCUUAUGAACCAAAUCAUGGAGCUUAAAUUCACCUCGAAAUCACUCCAACGCCAAGCUCGGAAGUGCGAGAAAGAUGAGAAAUCCGAGAAACUCAAAGUCAAGAAAGCAAUUGAGAAAGGAAACAUGGAUGGAGCACGAAUUUAUGCCGAAAAUGCAAUUCGUAAGCGUACUGAACAAAUGAAUUACCUUCGUCUUGCUUCUCGUCUCGAUGCGGUUGUUGCUCGACUUGAUACUCAAGCCAAAAUGCAAACAAUUGGAAAAUCUAUGGGAUCGAUUGUGAAAUCGCUUGAAUCUUCGUUGAAUACUGGUAAUUUGCAGAAGAUGUCGGAAACCAUGGAUCAAUUUGAGAAGCAGUUUGUGAAUAUGGAGGUUCAAGCGGAGUUUAUGGAGAGUUCGAUGGCUGGAAGUACAUCGCUCUCGACUCCCGAGACUGAGGUGAAUAGUUUGAUGCAGCAGGUGGCGGAUGAUUAUGGUUUAGAGGUUUCUGUUGGUUUGCCUCAAGCUGCUGGACAUGCAAUUGCUGCUCCGAAGGCAUCGGAGAAGGUUGAUGAGGAUGAUCUUACGAGGAGGCUCGCUGAGCUUAAAGCUCGAGGUUGAUAUGUGAGAUUGUUCCGGGAACAUGAAGUUUCUCCAAUCUUUUCCUUGUGAAUUGGAUGCCGAGUUAUGAAGGUUUCGUAGCCUGCUCUUCAUUGCAUCCAUUCACACCGAGGUCUUUCAUUUCAGCAAAUUGGGUCCUUCAACAUUUUGGUCGAAAGCAAGGUAAUCUACAUUUCUGUUUGAAUUUCAGGUUGUUGCCGUCUACAUUACUUAUCAUGCAUUUACAGCUUUUGAUGGUGGGUGUUAGCAUGUUUAUGUGAAAGGCAGGGUCGAAACUCCCAUUGGACAACCUGUUUAACAGAACCAAGUUAGGUUCUGUGUCUUCUGGGCUCUAUAUCAUAACCUUUUCUGCUGUUAGCCUGUUAUGUUAAGAUUCUUGUUGCCUCUUGGCACCAAUUAAUGAACUCUAAUUCUUAAAUGAGACUAUCUUACGUAGAGUCGAUCUUAUUUGGGUUAACUCAUGUAUAUUUAGUGUGUUACGUUGAACACUUAUAAUUUUAAAGUGAUCAAUAAUAGAAAUGGACUAGUUAUAUAGGCA